AUGACACUACGAAGUGGGACAAAGAUAGAUGGACCAGUAGACCCAAAAGUUGAAAACCUUAUGAUGUAUAAAAGAGUAGAGGAGGAACCUGAGAAAGUUACUGAUGAAAGUCAAGUAGGAAAACCAAUAGCUGAUAGCGAAGAGACUAUCACUACUAAAGAUACUGUUGAGAAAGAAAAAUCUUAUUUACCUCCACCUCCGUAUAAACUAAAGAUACCAUACCCUCGAAGACUAGCAAAAACUAAGAAUGAGGGUCAAUUUAAGAAAUUCAUCGAACUCCUAAAACAACUUCAUGUCACUAUACCUUUCACUGAGGCCAUUAUUCAAAUGGCCUCAUAUGCUAAGUUCCUAAAAGAGAUCUUGUCAAAUAAGAAGAAACUUGAAGAUGAUGAGACAAUGACAUUCACUAUAGAGUGUAGCACCAUUAUCCAAAACAACAUGCCGCCCAAGUUGAAAAACCCUAGUAAUUUUUCUAUUCCUUGUGUGAUAGGCAAGUUUGUCACCGACAAGACACUAUCUGAUCUCAUAGCUAACAUCAGUUUGAUGCAUCUUUCCAUAUGUGAAAAACUAAAGUUAGGAGACUUGAGACCCACUAGAAUGUUCCUCCAAUUGACAGAUCGUUCUAUUAAAUACCCAAUGGGAAUGCUGGAAAAUAUUCCAGUUUGCAUUGACCAAUUCUAUAUCCCUUCGGACUUCGUAGUAAUGGAUAUAAAAGAAGACUCUAAUAUACCCAUCUUCUUAGGUAGACCUUUCUUAGCUACAGCCGGUGCGAUAAUAGAUGUAAAACGAGGGAAGUUAACAUUUGAGCUAUGA